AUGGUUUUGAACAAUUUUAAGUCGUAUUUUGAUAAAAUUGAAAUAGGCCCCUUUCACAAGUCAUUUUCUGCGAUUGUCGGACCAAAUGGUUCUGAAAAAUCUAAUGUCAUAGACGCGCUUUUAUUU